AUGGCCAGCACUGACGAAUCUGUCGUUCCGAUAGACUCUCUCGCAGAAGAGACCCAGGAUGCUCACAAACUCUAUUUACUGUCUCGCUCAGAGAGAAUGCGAGGCGUUGCAAAUAGAAUCUUAUAUUCAAAGUUUUAUACCUGGUUGUAUUUGGGCAUGGCUUUACUUAGUAUUGUGUCCAUCGUACUGUCAAUAAAGGAGAAAUGUCCAUCAAUGCUGUUCAUCGUUCUUGAAAUAACCAUAAACGUAGUUAUGAUAACAGAGGUUUUGACGCGAUUUAUAGCAUUACGAAAGUUGUACUGGAAAUCAGUCUACAAUAUCGUAGAUCUCGUACUGGUAUUACUUUGCUUAGUGACGUUAAUAUUUAUUGUCACGGACGGAUGCUCUGAGCAUAGGUCGGAAGAAAUAUUUGAUACUCUCCUAUUGGUUAUAAGGAAUUUGAUGCAAUUUGGAAGAUUAUUCAUUAUGCUGAGAAAAAAUCAAAAGAAUAGAACUGCUCGAAAUGCAAGAGUAGACUUUUCGCGAAGGGAUCCAAGCAUGUCGAUAGACUUUGAUGCACAGGCAGCCUUUGCUCUAAUUAACGAUGAAGAUGAAGACUUUUUAUAA